CCUGCGCAGAAUACGCCGCAGCCCUGCACCUGGGGAUUCCCUUCCGGCCCCUUGAAGCCUCGGCGCUCCUUCGGGCUUCCUUUGCCUGCUUUCCGUUUUCGGCGGCGCCGCAGGCGCGCCAGUCGAGCGCCGGACAGUCGAUGGGGAUGGCGGCCGCGCCUGUGUGAGGGGUCGUGGAGGCCCAGAGCCCGGUCGGAGGAGUGGACAGGCCUGCGCCCCCGAGGGAGCCGGGAAGGGUACAGAGGGCUGGGCGAGUCCGCGGAGCUGGGCGCGGCUCUCUCGGGAAGCGGGUGGGCAGGCCGCGCGGGCGCGGGCCCCUCGUGUGGUGGCGGUGGGCGUGCCGUGCGUGGGGGGCGCCGGGGCCGCGCGGGCCGCGCGUCUCGCCGCUGUGCCCGCGGUGAGUCGACUCUUGGUUGCGGCUGCGCGGGGCGUGUGAGUUGCGUAGCGUUGCGCGCUGGGGCGCGGCGGGGGCCUGGCUCCCGGGUGCGUCUUCGGGGUCUCUUCUUGUGCGGGAUUUAGGGGUUUGGGUGAUGCGGCGCGUGCACUUCGCCUUGGGUUACCUGGAGGGCGGUCGGGCGGUCGGUCGGACGGGUGUUGUGUGGGGCGGCGCUUUGCAGGCAGCGCUGAAGCUGGAUGUGCAGUUGCAGACGCUGUGGGUUUUAUUUGGGGUUUGGACGUCGUUUAGGGUGUGAGGGUCUCGUGUAUGUUGUGCACCUGGGACCUGGGUUGCUGGUUUGUGGUUUGUGGCGGAUAUUUGGUUGUAUGAUUGUAGAGUUGGUGCGUUCAUUCAUUCCUUCAUUUAUUCACGCUUGGAGCGUUGUUGAUUCCCAGUGGUUUGUGCCGGGCGCUGACCCUGGGGGUCUGGUGGUGGGAACGUGGACGUGGCUUCUGCCCGCACACAGCUUACAGGCUGUUGGAUUUAAUCGCUUUGUGUACCUGUGAUUACAGAUUGAGAUAAGUGCUGUGAGGGGAGGUGCAGCGCCGCCCUAUGGGAGAAUGCCUCCACCAAGGCAUUUCCGUGGACGUGAGGGUGUCUUGAGAUGCGGGGAGUGUGUGUUGGAUUUGUGGUUGGUAGGGUGAGUGCGUGAGAAGGAAAGGGCUCCGGUGAACCACUGGCUGGGAGGGGCCGGGAGCUGCUGUUUCAGCGACUGGCUGGAAAAGGGGCUGAAAUCUGAACGUACAGACGCAGUCACUGGGCUUUUUUAGCUAGAAGAAGAACACAGGACCUCGUGUUUCAUUUGUUUAUUUCCUGGGUCAAUGCCACCCUUCAGCUUUGAAGACUAGGCAGUCCUUUCUCCGUGACUCUAUAAACAGGCUCACCCACAGCUCAAAGCUGAGGGUCAUACGUUCCCUCUCAGUCUCUCCUGUGGUUUGUGGCCUCAGGUUCUCGGGGAGAAAUUUCUCUGCUUUCGUGGAAUGGUUUUGUCUGCGUUUUCCCUUUGGCUGUGAGUCUUUCUGAGGUGACAUUGUAAAUGACUUUGCCGUGGUCAGAUAAAACUGAAAUUGUAGCUUAUUAAGCCCUGAAUUGUUUAAGCAUCAGAUUCUUUUAUUUUUGAAGCAGUAAGAACAUUAGGCUUGCUGGUUUAUAAGGCCUAGUAAGUUUAUUGGAGAAAAAGUACCCUACAAACUAUAAGACACCAAAUAGAUUUUUUUUUGUUUUUGAUUACUAGAUCCUCCUUAGACUGAAGUUGGUAUUUUUGUUUGAUUUGGUUUUGUUUGAUUUUUAGGGCUGACACUAUCCCUUUGACAUCAGUGCAUUUGUGCGUGUAUUAUGUAUGUAUGGCUGCAUUGGGUCUUUGUUGCUGCAUGUGGGCUUCCUCCAGUUGCCACUAGCAGGGGCUACUCUUCGUUGUGGUUCUCGGGCUUCUUAUUGCGGUGGCUUCUCUUGUUGCAGUGCACUGGCUCUAGGUGCGUGGGCUUCAGUAGUUGUGGCUCGCUAGCUCUACAGUGCAGGCUCGGUAGUUGUGGCGUGCUGGCUUAGUUGCUCCGUGGCAUGUGGAAUCUUUCCGGACCAGGGAUUGAACCCAUGUCCCCUGCAUUGUCAGGCGGAUUCUUAACCACUGUGGCACCAGGGAAGUCCCUGCAUCAGUGCAUUUUUGACACAGGUGCAAGAGCUUCAUAUAUGUGGUUGAAUAAAUGGUCAAGGACUUCUACUCCAGAGAGGACAUUUCAUCCAGGGCCAUGAUGCCACGUCCCCAUCAUCUGUGCGCUGCUUGGUUAAGCUAAUGCUGCGGGAUCCCUUGUCUCUUGUGGAGGAAUCAAGCUGACUCUUGGCAUGAGGCCCCUGCCUUGCUGUGGUUGAGAGGGACACUGCAAUGGCUUCUCUGGAUGACCCAGGGGAAGUGAGGGAGGGCUUCCUCUGCCCUUUGUGCCUGAAGGACCUGCAGUCUUUCUAUCAGCUGCAGUCACAUUAUGAGGAAGAGCACUCCGGGGAAGACCGUGAUGUCAAAGGGCAAAUUAAAAGCCUUGUCCAGAAGGCUAGGAAAGCAAAGAACAGGCUGUUGAAACGAGAAGGAGAUGACCGAGCUGAAUCAGGGACCCAAGGAUAUGAGUCUUUCAGCUAUGGAGGGGUUGAUCCUUACAUGUGGGAACCCCAGGAGCUUGGCGCUGUGAGAAGCCAUCUUUCGGACUUCAAAAAACACCGAGCUGCCAGAAUUGACCACUAUGUCGUUGAAGUCAAUAAAUUAAUAAUCAGGUUAGAGAAGCUCACUGCAUUUGACAGAACAAAUACUGAGUCUGCGAAGAUCCGAGCAAUAGAAAAGUCCGUGGUGCCUUGGGUCAACGACCAGGAUGUCCCUUUCUGUCCAGACUGUGGGAACAAGUUCAGCAUCCGCAACCGCCGCCACCACUGCCGCCUCUGUGGCUCUAUUAUGUGCAAGAAGUGUAUGGAGCUCAUCAGCCUUCCCUUGGCAAACAAGCUCACCACUGCCAGCAAGGACUCCCUCAGCGCUCACACCAGCCCCAGCCAGUCACCCAACAGUGUCCACGGCUCCCGCCGGGGCAGCAUCAGCAGCAUGAGCAGUGUGAGCUCCGUCCUGGACGAGAAGGAUGACGACCGGAUCCGCUGCUGCACACACUGCAAGGACACGCUGCUCAGGAGAGAGCAGCAGAUCGACGAGAAGGAGCACACCCCCGACAUCGUGAAGCUCUAUGAGAAAUUACGACUUUGCAUGGAGAAAGUUGACCAAAAAGCUCCUGAAUACAUCAGGAUGGCAGCAUCAUUAAAUGCCGGAGAGACAACCUACAGUCUGGAACAUGCCAAUGACCUUCGAGUGGAAGUGCAAAAAGUGUAUGAGCUAAUAGACGCUUUAAGUAAGAAGAUCUUAACCUUAGACUUGAAGCAGGACCCUCCACCACAUCCAAACACUUUGCGGCUGCAGAGGAUGAUCAGAUACUCAGCUACGCUCUUUGUGCAGGAAAAGCUGCUUGGUUUGAUGUCACUGCCAACCAAAGAACAGUUUGAGGAACUGAAAAAGAAAAGGAAGCAGGAAAUGGAGAGGAAGAGGAUCCUGGAGAGACGGGCUGCCCUGGAAUCCCAGCGAAGGCUUGAGGAAAGGCGGAGUGACCUGGUGUCUCGUGCGACCAAUGGGGAGGUGGCGUCCCUUCGUGGGGUUCCUGCCCCCUUGAGAAAGGCUGAGGGUUGGCUCCCGCUGUCGGGAGGUCAGAGGCAGAGCGAGGACUCGGACCCCCUCCUCCAGCAGAUCCACAACAUCACGUCCUUUAUCAGGCAGGCCAAGGCCGCGGGCCGGCUGGAUGAAGUGCGCACGCUGCAGGAGAACCUGCGCCAGCUGCAGGACGAGUAUGACCAGCAGCAGACAGAGAAGGCCAUCGAGCUGUCCCGGAGGCAGGCCGAGGAAGAGGACCUGCAGCGGGAGCAGCUGCAGGUGCUGCGGGAACGGGAGUGGGAGCGAGAACGGGAGCAGUUCCAGGCGGCAUCUCUGCACACGCGAACUCGGUUCCUGGACUUCCGAGAGAUCAGGCCUUUUCACCUGGAGCCCAGCAGAGAGCCUCGCAACCACCUUGCUCAUGCUUCGGAUCUGGUUUCUUCCCCAGCUCAGAGCAAUACAGUCCCCAAGACCCCUUCACCCAGCUCAGCCCUCGAACCCAUCAGAGUGUGGUCUGGGCCCCCAGCCCUUGGCCAGGAAUUCUUUCCCCAGAGCACCACGUUGCAGCACAAUGAGGUGCCCUCCCUAAAUCCCUUUGAAGAGGAAGACCUCUCCAGCCCCGCAGCAGAGGGCAUGGCCAGCCCUCCUGCUGCAGAGCCUUCCCUCGGCCCUCCAGCCCGCGUCCUCAAAGAGUACAAUCCUUUUGAGGAAGAAGAGGAAGAGGAGGCACUGGCAGGGAAUCCCUUCACUAACCCGGAUGGCCCGGCCCCCAGUCCCUUCCACGAGCAAGAUGAGCCUCCCCAUCAGAGGCCCUCCGGCCCUCCUGUUCCGGGCAACCCCUUCGAGGAGGACAGCGACAGUGGGCAGGAGGGCGAGGAGCCCAUAGAGGAGGAGCUCCUCCUCCAGCAGAUUGACAACAUCAAGGCGUACAUCUUCGACGCCAAGCAGUGCGGCCGCCUGGACGAGGUGGAGGUGCUGACCGAAAACCUUCGGGAGCUGAAGCGCACCCUGGCCAAACAGAAGGGUGUUGACUGACUGUAGUGGGCAGGGCGCCUUUGGGGCCUGGCAGGAGCCAAGGGAGCGGGAGGGAGGGCCGGUGGGGUUGAUGGAGAAGGAGGAAGGGCAAGACUCACAAUGCAGGCAGGUUCGGGGGGUGGAAUCUGCUAUUCUGAGCUGCGCACUUGGAGCUUUUUCCAUGGUAGUUGAAUAGUAAAAUGGGAGCUAGAACAGGAAGACUCAGCAUUCAUUUGCUGUUUUUCCUGUUUCUUUUUUUCCUUUUUUUUUUUUUAAUAAUUGGGUUUUCCCUUUAGAAGGGACUUUAGAUCUUCACUGCUGAGAUGUAACUAAGUGCGGUUCUGUUGGGCCCUGGGGAGAAAUGGCUACCAUGCACCUCGUGUGUCCAUUGGCUCCUGCCUAGUGUUUGGUCAUGAUGCAGUAUUAUAGGCAGCCUUAUGUAGGGCCCUCCUUUAGCCAAAACAGACAAGAUAGAGUCCUUUAAAUCUUCCUCAGCUCUUGCGGAAGUCUGUCUGGCUAUGUUCCUUUCACCUGGGACUUGACUGUCCUGCUGGGCACAUGCUGCCUGUGCAAUGAAAGGGGGGGGUCUUGCUAUGAAGACAAUAGUUUAGAUCCAGGAAACCCCAGCACCUCUUCUUAAGAGGGGGUGACGGGGGUGAAGAUUCUCCAGAGUCUGUUUCCCUCUUACUUUGAGUUCUUAUUUGUCUCUUUCAGGAAAUUAAACUCCCAGGGAAGGGGUAUCACUGUGAGUCUGGUCAUGAGCUUUUUAGAAAACAGAAGUGGUUAACUUUUUGGUUGAUGGAGGUAGUAUAAUUUGGGAGAAGAGUCUCUGUCCAGGUGUCGCUCUGUGGAACUGAAUGACUGCUGGGACAAUUGUCCGUCCCCGGAGAAAGCUUCCUCUAGAGCUUGGGCAAAAUUACUCUGAUCUGGGCUUUUUCAGACUUUUUCAUAGUCUAGGAAUUGGUGAUCAGGAAGCUCUUGUGGAAUGUUGUGAGAAGAGUUGAAGCUCCUGAGUCAGAAGGUCAAUUGAAAUAACGUCCAAGGCUGGUUGAUGAGCCUUCUUCCUUUUGGCUCAUCUUGUGCUGACCGUGGGCACUGGUGAGAUAUUUUCUCACCAGUGUUUGGUAUUAAAAAACUGAAUUCCCUGGUCCGGUGGUUAGGACUCUGUGCUUUCACUGCGGAGGGCACGAGUUCAAUCCCUGAUCAGGGAACUUAAGAUUCUGCAAGCUGCACAGCACAGCCAAAAAAAAAAAGAAAAGAAAAAGAGAAAACGAAAUGUUUGAAAGAGGCACAACCCAGGAUCAUGCUGGAAGAGCUGCAGUACUUGAACUCUUCACCAGUUAAGGGCAAAAAGGGAAAUUGUUAAUUUAGCUUUGGUGCUUAGGUUUACAGGAACAUAGCCCUUCACUGAAAUCUGACAUGAUACCCAAGUGUGCUCAGCUCUGGGUAGAGUUCCUGCAAUUAUGCUUGAUAACUAAUGAAUAAUAACUGGCCACUAGUCACUUUAUACCCCUUAACUAACUCUGGGUCAUACUCUCCCAGGUUAGUGGUGGAGGGCUGAAAUUCAUUAUGUUACAUUCUGGGAAGACCUGUGUUAAUUUUGGGAAUGUCUGAAAAACAUUGUGGUGUAAAAGUAAUCUGUAUUUGUGUUGACACUAUUCACAUUUCUUUAGCAGCUCCUGGAUCUUUGGGCUGAAUGAAAGGGUCCUGUACAGGGGCGUGGGAAUAGGGAGUGGGUGGAUGGAAGGUGUGUGGAGGACCCCUCGCAUUUGGGUUCUAUUCACAGAGGAAUAUGAGUGGGUUACUAAGGUCAGCCAGUUACCAGCCUUGCUGAUUGUCAUGGUUUUGGGAAGCUGGCAUUCAGGCAUCUAAAAUGUUGCCUUGUACAGGCAUCUUUUCUUCCUCAAGGUCCUUGCCCUUCAUGCUGUUACUCUGGAGGGAUUUACGGAUGGCUGCAUGCUCCUCCCUACUAAGUCUGUCUUUUCUCUCUGACUGAAGAGAAGGAAGCACUCUGCACCGAAAAGCAGGUGAUUCCAGAAGCUAAAUGCUGCUCUCCCUCAUAAUUGCUUCUCUAAUGAGAAUAUAUCUUUUAGUUAGUUGUGGUUUCAAUUAAGACUAGUUUACCAAACAUACCCUUCCCUGAAAUCAACUGCAGUUGGCAAUCUGUAAGUAACUAAGAUAUAAGAAACAUGUUUUUAAACUAAAAAAAAAAUUACUGAAUAUACUAAACCAAACUAAAACUUUCUGAUGUGAUUGAAUUCUUCCACUGCUGCAUUCUUCCAUUUAAUUCUUCCAUGGCUACAUUUUCCUAUAAUCACAGACGUGACCGGAGUUAGAAUUCUCUAUCCCUCAGUUAUACCAUUUCCCGGAAUUCACAUCGGCACAAAGUUGGAUGUACAGGGAUGGGUUAACGUCAGGGAAAAGAUGGUCUAUGAAUUGCAGCCACAACUUCAGGUUCUUACUGUGUAUGAGUGUUUCACCCAUCCUGCAGUCCUUCAGUGCAAGCAGCUCCAUCUCAUCGGAAGAUGAGCAGGUCCUUGAUGUGGCGUCGGACCGUGUCCCUAGACACUGAUCAUGUAUGGAAAAGACUUUGGGGAUUCAGACAUCAAAUGAAGCUGGCUUUUCCCUUUUAUGCCUUGUUUGUAUUUUCCCUUGUCUAAUACACUAAGGACACUUACUCAUUCUACUCACUGCUCAGUGUGUCUCUUCUGUUCAGAUACUAAAAUGUACCUGAGUCAAUCAAGAGCCACGUGGUAGGUUGGACGUUGGCAUAGUUAGGACUCGAGUUGAGAAGCUGGUCUCUUUACCAGGUCACAGACUGUGGUGGUAGAUUGUGCUGGUCAUCUGACAGUGACAAUUUGAAGGUCAUUGAUUUGCAUGCACUACUCUGAAACCUUGUAUUGGAAACUUUUUUAAAAAAAUAAAAUAACAGA